AUGGACGAAGAAACGUUAAUUGGCUUUAAUGAUAUAGCCACAUUAAAACCAGAGGUCAAACAAAAAACUGGCAAAAGAUCGGGAGGUUUCCAAGCCAUGGGAUUGAGUUUCCCUGUACUGAAAGGAGUACUUAAAAGGGGUUACAAAGUUCCCACUCCUAUACAGAGAAAAACAAUCCCUAUUGCUUUGGAGAACCGUGAUGUUGUAGCUAUGGCUCGCACCGGUAGUGGAAAAACCGCUUGUUUUUUGAUACCAAUGUUCGAAAAAUUGACUCAGCACACUGUAAAUGGCCAUAGAGGAAUACGCGCUUUAAUUUUAUCACCAACUCGAGAACUUGCUGUUCAGACAUUGAAGUUUUUAAAAGAAAUAGGAAAGUUUACUAAUUUGAAAUCGGCCGUGAUAUUAGGAGGUGAUCCAAUGGAACCCCAGUUUAGCACAAUGCACAGUGCUCCAGAUAUUAUUGUAGCAACUCCAGGUCGAUUUUUACAUUUAUGUGUAGAAAUGUCUUUGAAGUUGCCUUAUAUUCAAUAUGUAGUUUUUGAUGAAGCAGAUAGGCUUUUUGAAAUGGGUUUUGGUGAACAAUUAACAGAAAUUAUUGCUCGUCUACCUGAGACUCGACAAACGUUGCUUUUUUCAGCUACUUUGCCAAAAGUUUUAGUUCAAUUUGCUCGAGCAGGACUUUCUGAUCCCGUUCUUAUAAGAUUGGAUGUUGAGUCAAAAAUACCUGAUACACUAGGACUAGGAUUUUUGAAUGUGAGACCUGAAGAACGAGAUGGUGCUCUAUUAUGUCUCCUGAAAUAUGUUGUCAAACCAGAUUCUAUGACUAUAAUUUUUGCUCCGACCAAACAUCAUGUUGAUUUUAUUCAUUUACUUCUGGAUUUUCAAGAUAUAUCAAAUACAUUCAUAUACUCUGAUUUGGAUCCAACGGCCAGGAAAAUAAAUGCUAGUAAAUUUCAAACAGGCAGUGUGAAAACUCUCAUAACAACUGACAUAGCCGCGCGUGGUAUUGAUAUUCCACAGUUAGAUACAGUUAUCAACUACACAUUUCCAGCAAAGUCUAAAUUGUUCGUGCACAGAGUUGGGCGGUGUGCUAGAGCUGGAAAAGUUGGUCAAGCAUAUAGUUUAGUGACACGUGACGAAAUGUGUUACUUAUUAGAUCUACAUUUGUUCUUGGGUCGUCCAUUUAGCCCGGUGCUCGAAACACCAAAGUCCGAUGAUGAUACUGAUGGCCUUUUCGGUAUAGUACCUCAGUUGUUAUUGGAAGAAGAACUAGGACAGUUGACAAGCUGGUAUACAUCAUCCAUUGAUGUGAUAAAUUCUCUGAAAACUUGUACAAAUGGUUAUAAACACUAUAUCAAGUCUAGGCCAGGGGCGUCUGUUGAUAGUGUUCGUAGAGCUAAGAAAAUUAACUUAUCAGUUAUUGCAGAGCAUCCAAUGUUUCAGAAAAUAAUUGCAGCAGAUAUGAAACGUAUUGAUUUUGUUAGCCGUAUUAAAAACUUUAGACCAGAAACCACAGUUUUUGAAAUGGGUCAGUCUACAAACUCAAUACCAUUACUUCAGAUGAAAUUGUUAAGGGAAAGAAAUAUGCCUAGCGUUAUUAACUAUCAUCGGAAAAAGCGUGAACAACUCGAUGAUUGUGAAGGGGUGCGGUUGAAAAAAGUUGAUUUGCCAUCGAGUGAUCAAACUGAGAUUAGUGAAACAUUUAAUGACAUUAUCACACAAAGACCUCGCGUAACUGGUCAAAAAAAGAGAAAAAAUCUAAAAAAAACAAAACAAACAAAACAACCCAAACAAGCAGUUAAGUCGGAACAUUUUAUACCAUACCAACCAGCUGAUUGUUACACAGAAGAGGGUUUGGCUAUUGAUAAUUUGAAAUCGAGUGAAGGAAUAUUGGAUUUGAUGGGCGAUUCGGAACAGUCAUUAGCUAAACAACAUUCGAAUAAACGUAAAUGGGAUCCAGUGAGUCAUAAAUAUGUAACUGCACAGAGUCUUGAGAAAAAUCAAGUGAAAAAAAUCAAAUCUGAGUCUGGGCAUUGGAUACCAAUUACAUACAAAAGUGAUAGGUAUGAAAAAUGGCAGGAGAAAUCAAAAUUGAAGAACUCUGCAGCUGAAGGAAAUAAUGAAGAAGAUGAAAAGAAAAUAGCACCUUUGUUCCGGUUUAAAUUAGACACUCGUUGGGGACGUCACAAUGCUAAAUUGCGUGAACAACAAUCUGAAAGCCGUCUGAAAUUGGACACUAAACACAUACUGAAACAGAGAAUAAUUAAAGACCACCGUAGAAAGAAGAAUGGCAGAAAACCUGUUAAAAAAGAUAAAAUUCGCAAGAAGAGUGCUAAAUUUAAUAAAAUUUAA